AUGGAUGUCGAAAAGCCUUCCAAGGCUGGCCUCUUUGCUCAGUGCAGCUUUGCCAUCGUCCGGAGCGCUACCUUCACCAGCGAAGAUGCUGAGGCAACGGCGAUCGUCCUGCGCCUGCACGAGGGCGAAGUUGUCAUCGAUAACUACCCAGACAGCAGCCUCAAUCUCGACCGCCUCACACACGUUAUCUCGAACACAUCUGACUUCCCAGACUACCAUGCCUGCUCUGACGCCAUGAUCCCGGUUGUUAAACCGAUAUGGAUUGAACAUUCCCUCGCCAAAGACAAGUUAUCUCAACCACGACAAUACAGUCCAGACCCACGGUUUUUCAUGUCUGAUAUCGUCGUCUGCGUUUCAGGUCUUCCAGGCAGUGACGCGGAUGCUAUUGCCGGAGGAGUUGUAGCAAUGGGCGGGAUGUUUUCAAAAAAGCUCACCAACCAAAUCACACACAUCAUUGCGAUCGACUACAAUUCCGAGAUCUGCGAUAUCGCACGAAAGAAAGGUCUCCGGGUGAAGAUUGUCCUUCCCCAUUGGGUGGACGAUUGCUUGAAGCUAGGCAGGAGGAUUGAUGAACACCCUUACACAUUUCCGAACCCAGAAAUACUACAGCAGCCCGUGGACAAGGCCCCGAGUGCAAAACGUAAGACUCAAGUGGAAGGCGCCGUAAAUUUCGAUCCCGCUCAACACAUGCUGACCUCGGGCACACCACGGAAGUUAGACAGAGUCUUCAAGAAAAAGACAGUCCUGCUAUCUUAUGACUUGGGGAUAUCAUCCUAUCUCCGAGGCGUUUUGGACGGGAUCAUCACUGGAAGCGGGGGCAAACUUACUGAAUCGGUCUCGGAGGCCGACAUGUACAUCGGUAAAUAUCGCGAUGGGCGUGAUUACAAACUUGCCUCAAGAUUAGGCAAAGACGUGGGUAACCUGACUUGGCUCUAUUAUCUCAUCCAAACUGAUGAAUGGACGUCCCCCAUGCGACGCCUGCUCCACUACCCUAUUCCGAAAGAGGCGCACCCUGACUUUGAGAAGCUUAAGAUCAGCCUUUCAAAUUAUAGUGGCGACGCGCGAACAUACCUCGAAAACCUCAUCAUCGCUACUGGAGCUGAGUGCACGAAAACACUCAAGCAGGACAAUACCCAUCUCCUCACUGCGCAUGGAAUGAGCGAAAAGUGUGCAGCCGCAAAGGACUGGGGUAUUGACAUUGUCAAUCAUCUUUGGCUAGAAGAAAGCUAUGCAAAAUGGAGAAAGCUAAGUGUCACCAAUAGCAGGUACAUUCAUUUUCCUAGUCGAACAAACUUGAGUGAUGUCGUUGGCAGCACUCAAUUAGAUCGCACGGUUCUGGAGCAAAAUUUCUUCGCAGAUAUAGAUGCUGAGAUGGCCGAAAAUCCACAGACGGCGCUGAUGCGCCAAACGAAUCAAAACACCGCAAAAACCAGCCGAGGGCGAGAGAAGAGUUCGGAUUCUUGCGAGCGCGAGCCAGAAAAGUUCAGGACACCCGCUGUGUCAAAAUUCAUAGCGAUGGGCAAAGAAAACAUUACGCCAUCCACGACACAUAGCCGGAAAUCUAAGGAGGUUGCAUCGGCCCUCCUACACGCCAUGACACCAGACAUACAACUUUACGAGAAAGAACGAAAACGCGUUGGCGGAGUCAUCCAUGGUGGCAGACGAAAGAAUGACGAAGAUCGCAUCCCAGUCAACCGCAAGCGAUCUGCUAGUGAAUCGUCUGAAAACGAGAUUGUCAAAGAGAAGGAAUCAAAGAAAUUAAAACGAGGUAAUCCACCACAGAUAUAUUUAAUGGUCUCCGGCUACGAUAAAUGGGUCAGCCAUCCCAAAGCUGAGGACAAUGACAAGAAACAACUCCGAGGCCUCGGUAUUUUGACAACUACAGAUGCAAGUAAAGCAACACAUCUGGCAGCUCCAAGCAUAAAACGGACGCAAAAGUUCGUCACAGCAUUAGCAUAUGCACCUAUGGUCUUGUCGACGGAUUUCAUCGAUUCAUGUCUCAAAGCAGACAGACUUCUGGACCCCAGGGGGUUUGAGCUUGAUGAUAAGCAGAAUGAGAAGCGGCUUGGUGUAUCCCUGAAACUUUCAAGAGACCGCGCCAAGAAAAAUCAAAACCGUCUGCUCCAAGGCUUGAGCAUUUACUGUGCCGAAUCUAUCCAUGGUGGCUUUGAAACGUUUAAAGCCAUCGUCGAAGCCAACGGUGGCCGAUGUAUGUUAUGGCGAAACCGAAAGAGUGCCAUGAUGCCAUCGACGAGAGCGGAAAGCGAGGCUAGCACCGAUACGGACGACAGCGUUGUUUAUCUCUUGAGUGAUAAGGAAGGGAACAAGUCCUUGUGCGAUCGCUUCAGGGAUAUGGCUCUCAAGAGUCGGAAGACACCUCGAAUCAUCGACCCGGACUGGCUUAUUGAGUCUGCAAUGUCGCAGAAGCUUCUUCCCACAGCUACGUAUGAUGUCGAAUCUGGUGAGCGAGCUUAG